AGAUCGCCUUUAUUGCCGGUCGCUCGCGCCUGGAUCGCCUGGAUCGAAGGGAUUCGAGGCCAUGGUGUGAGGCCAUGCAAACACCAAUGGCAUGCAGCCGGACGAGGGACAAGCACCGGCCGCUGUGGCUUCCUCGACGACUUCCCCGCCUCCGUGCCCCACCCGACGCUCCGAGAAGGAGGUGGAGAAUAGCACCUUAGCGAUGCUGCAAGCCUUCCGCACCGCCCGAAGUGUGCCUGGCAAGGAGCUCCUGCGCCUGAUCGAUGAGCAUUCUCUUGCCUGUGAGGAAUAUGGACAGGUCCUUCCGGAGGUGUGCAGCAGGGUCAGCAAGCUAACAGCUACCCUUCGUGCUGAUUUGCGCGGAUCAGGCUUUAAAGAGCAGGUCCCGAUGGAUACUGGAACGUCGGGUGUUUUCAGUGAAUUCCUGUCCUCGUUGGGGGUCGCCACGCCUGAUGCUGUGCAGACAUCAGCGCCACAGGCGGUUUUCGCUGCACCGACUGAGCCAGCUGAGAAUGCGGCGUAUUUGGGAACCUUGCUGGAUGACUUGGAGCACGGCCCUGCCAAAGCUUUGCAGGCCGGCCGGCGUUUGGACGGUGAGCUGAAGGAGAUGGUCAAGGUCUUGGAGCAGCUGCGCGCUGCCUGGCCCGAGCUGCGGACCUCGGUGGAAGGCGCUUUUGAAGCGCAGAAGCACUUGAGGACCAAGGAUUUGGCUCAGGCACUCAAGCAGGUGCUGCAGUUCCGACGCCACGUGGCGGCCGCGAUUCCCAGCAUCGAGGCCUUGUGCGAGUGGCUGGAGGAUGCCACCGAACAGGUGCGCCAAAAGGAAGAGGAGCGCUUGCGCUUUAAAGCCAUGACCCGUGAAGUCCUGGACGGCCAAAGCAAGGUCCUGGCAGCCAGAGUGGCUGCUGUACUAUGGCUGAAGCGUAGCAGGGGCAGUUCGAUCAGGCCCGAGCAGACCAGGUUUGACAUUGAACAGGCCUCGGAGGCCUUGGAGCGCAAUCUCGAGGCGGCCAAGGACAUGGAGAACCGUUUGGUCAAAGGCGCCGGAACGGUUAUGAAGAGAGAAGCUUGUCAUCAAGUGGUGCAGCGCACCGUCGCCAGGCUGUCGGUUCUGCGUGGCAAAGUCCUGUCAGCGGCAGAGGCCGUGGCCGCCGCGAGGGCGGACUUGGCUGGCGCCCGGAGGGGUGGGCAAGCUGCUCUGACGGAGGCAGCUGCUAGGGCCUUGGAGCAGCUGAUGGCCGCCUUUGAUGAGGCGGCGUCGCACGUCGACGCCGGUGGCGGCCGCGGCGCUCGAGGGGACGCCGAGGAUGAUUCACCUGCUCGUGAUGAAGCGCCAUCCUCACCAUCUGUGGCCAUCGUGGAGGCCAUGAGAAGUGUUUCACAGAAGGAUGUCUUGCAGGACCUUACCAAGGGCAUUGUGUCCAUGACGAGCAAGCUCGUUUAGGGUCUGCAGGCUCAAGACAUGUCUCACGGAUCUCGAGAAGGACGAGCCGCCGCAGAGACAGCUCGGCUGGGUGCCGAACUGCGUGCUGUGCACUGUCCAAAGACGAGCAGUGCCCGGCAGUGCUUGGCAGUUUCAUGAUCAUGUACUGAGCACUCCUUGUCUGUCAUGUUGCGCAGACGCAAUCUGAAGCAUUUGAACCUUGCACCAUUUGACUGCAGUUAUUGGAUCUGGUAGACAAGAGGGACAACAGGGCUCCCAAGGUCUAAGACUUGAGCCCGCA